AUGAUCCCACCGAGAUCUUCUGCCACCUCCUCUUCUAUCUCUCUCCAACCCAUUCUCCAACCUAAUCCGUUCUCCUUUGCACUUGCUUCUUUACACUCCACUCCAUCGAUCCCCCAUCCGGGUUCAUCCAGGCGUCGACUUCUGCAGCUAGUCGAUGAGACCGAUGAAGAGAUCGAGCUCCUCUCCGCCAAACUCUCUAUGCUCGACCAGAAUAUGGCUUGCUCUGGUCGCUCCAUCAAGGAGCUUAAGAAGGAUAAUCGAACCCUCUAUGAGGAGAAUAAGAGACUGACUAUGGUAAAGUUCGACCUCUCCCAGGAGUUUUCUCAAACUGGUAGCCGCUUGAACGAUGAGCUUUGGGAGAAGAAGAAAGAGUUGACCCAAGUGUUGGCUCGACACUAUAAGGAGGUCAAGGCUGCCACGCUCAAGGGUGUGGCGAUAGAGUUCUGCCGGUCUCCAAGCUUCUUGUUGAAGCUCUGCCCUGCUCCGAGAAGCUCUUCAAAGGUCGCUCUAGAUGAGGCUGAGAAGCAAGUCCAGGCACCAAACUUCACCGGGGUACUCGACCGUGAGGCUAUCGUAGACCAGCUCCCCGAUUAUCCUGACGGUUAUGAAGGUGCUCUCAGUCUUCCUGCCAGCGAUACCUGGUGGACCCAGACUUUCGAGCAGUGCUUAGCUCGUCGCAAGCUUGAGACUAAGUUUGCUCUACCUGUUCUUCAUGUCGCGCCGUCACCUCCCCCUCCUUCAGAUCAGCCCGAAGGGACUCAAGUGGUUUUAUACCAAGUUGAUAAUGUUGUGCCUCAAGCUAAUCAAACGGCUCCUGGGCAGACCUCUGAGUAG